AUGAAGGAGAUUAAAGUUACCAAUGGAGUUUCUAUAAACACCACCAUCCACUGGCAUGGAAUCAAACAACUAAGAACUGGAUGGGCAGAUGGGCCAGCAUAUUUCACCCAGUGUCCCAUAAGACCUGGUCAGUCUUAUACAUACAAGUUCACAGUUAGUGGCCAAAGAGGAACCCUUUGGUGGCAUGCUCACAUUGCUUGGCAACGAGCAACCAUCUAUGGUGCAAUUAUCGUAUACCCUCGUAUGCCUUACAAAUUAUCAUUUACCUGUAAUUUUCAGUUUAUAUUUUCAAAUGCAAUCGAUGGUGAUGGUGGACUCCAGGUAUGGGUUGUAUUGAAGCUUGGAUUCUUGGAAAAAGGUAUCAUGUGGAAACAAAAGCAUAACAAUAAGAAGUAG